AUGGAUUUUGGAGUAGGUACCACUGAGCUGUGUUGCACGGCUGCACUGUUCGCAACAGGGAUCCUGUGGAAUGUCUUCAACCUGACCAUCAGCGUCCUGCACUGGCUGAAGGCUGGGCAGCCUGUGGACCACAUCAUCUCCUGUAUCUCCAUCAGCAACGUGCUGCUGGAGCUCUCCAUGUUCACUUUUCUGGUCCUGUUAUGGGCAGACGUCAUGUUUUCCGAGGAAUAUUUCCCCAUCUUCAAGGUUAUGACUUUUAUCUGGAUACACUCAAACAACAUGAGCUUCUGGUCCGUCGCAUGGCUAAGCGUGUUCUACUAUGUGAAGGUGGUCGGAACCUCCGGCGCUCUCUUCGUCAGACUGAGGAGGAACAUCUCCUCGCUCGUCAACGCGGCCCUCUGGCUGACCGUCCUCUGCUCGUUUUUGGUGUGUUUCCCCCUCCUUUUCCUUCAGCUGCCUUCUUUCAACGGUACUGCUAACAACGACACCCAACAUUCAAUCAGCGACAACCAGAUCCUUCACUUUCCCCACUGGAUCGACAACAACGUCUACGUUAUCAUCCUUAUGUGCGUCCUCUGCCUUGUCCCCCUGCUGGUCAUGGUCCCCUGCUCCCUCAGGCUGGUGGUCCAUCUGUGCCAGCACACCCAGGCAAUGAGGAGGAACGAGACUGGAUUCCAGAGCGCCGACUCCUACCUGCUGGUGUGCAAGCUGACCGUGUGCCUGCUGGUGGUCUACAUGUCAACAGUGAGCGUUGUUUUGGCUUUUCUUAUCGGGUGGUCCCCAGGCAAGUUUAAAUUUGUCGUGUACGUUUGGAGUUUGUCCUUUUUCUGCCUGGCAACUAGUGUUCUUCUGACGUUUUCAAACAAGCAGACGAAAGAGAAGAUUUUGUCUCUUUGUUGCUGCUGGAGAGCUGCUCGGAAUUCUCCAGAUUCUCGGGAGGUUCGGUCUGAGACAGUAGCAGCACAGAAUUAA